AUGGCUACCACAGAUCUUGAGCAGAAGCCAAUUCCGGCGCAGACUAGUGAGACCGCCAACUCAGAGCAUUUCUCAGAAGCCAAUUCCGCCCUCGAUCUGGACGACACGUACCAUGUGUACAGAGAAACUGAGGAGCUCGAUGUGACGCCAGACGAGAUCGAGAAGGUGUUGCGCAAGAUCGACUUCCGCAUCGUUCCCAUUCUUUUCGUUACGUACUUGCUGCAGUACCUCGACAAAAACUCGUUGAACUUCUCCAGUGUCUACGGCUUGGAAGAGGGCACCAAUCUGAAAGGCCAGGACUACUCGUGGCUCGUAGGCUCAAUAUUCUACUUCGGCUACCUCAUCGCCCAGUUCCCCUCCUCCUAUCUGUUGCAGAAGCUGCCCAUUGGUCGUUUCGUUUCAAUCACAACUAUAUUAUGGGGUAUCAUUCUUAUGACGACGCCAGGAUGCACAUCCUUCGCUGGGAUCGCGACAAACCGCUUUCUUCUCGGUCUGACAGAGGCCGUCGUCAAUCCGGCAUUUGUGUGGAUUAUGUCCAUCUGGUACACGGCCGCCGAACAACCGCUACGCCUUGAGAUAUACUACUGCACCAACGGUUUAGCCACCAUGUUUGGUGGUCUCAUCGGCUACGCAGUCGGCCACAUCACGACCGGUCUUGCGAGGUGGAUGUACGUUUUCAUCAUCUUCGGAUCCAUCAGCACGGCGUGGGGUGUAAUAAGCCUCAUCUUCCUGCCAGAUCUUCCGGCGACCGCCAAGUUCCUGAACCAGAAGGAAAAAGCGAUCGCCACUGACCGUGUGUCGCGCAAUCGCCAGGGCAUAAAGAACCACCAUUUCAAAAAGCACCAGGCUAUCCAGUGUGCCAAGGAUCCCAAGACGUGGAUUCUCUUCGUCAUGGCUACAGGGGCGCAGAUCCCCAAUGCGGCUCUGACUAGUUUCACAAGUUUGAUCGUGAAGAGCUUCGGGUUCGACACUUUAGGCACUCAGUACCUGCAGAUUCCCGGUGGAGCUGUCCAAUUUCUCGCCUUGAUUGGUGGUGGUUUUAUUUGCACCAAGUGGCCUCGUCACUCGAGAUGUCCGACUAUGAUUGUUGCAAAUUCGAUAUGCAUAUUGGGCGCCGCCCUUCUGGUCGGCUUGCCAGAUGAUAACAAGUGGGGCCGGCUGGUUGCACUUUGGCUGUGCUACUUCCAGGGUCUUGGGUUCAGCAUGUCGCUCACUAUGAUAUCCUCCAAUGUGGCGGGAUCAACCAAGAAGCAGCUUACAGCCGCAGUGUUGUUCACCGGAUACUGCGUUGGAAACAUCAUUGGACCACAGACAUUCCUCUCUAGUGAAGCCCCCGGAUACCACAGCGCCUACAUCGCUAUGCUCAUUGGCUACAGCGUCAAACUUGUAUCCAUUGUUAUUCUGUACAUAUACAUGUACCGCUCCAAUAAAGCCCGAGAUGCUGCUGGCGUCUUCGACGAGAAGGCCGCGGUCGACGCUGGCAUGCAUGACAUGACGGAGAUUGACAAUAAAGGGUUCCGAUACUCAUUGUAA